GGAUCCGGCGCGCUGGGAAGCGCCGCGGAGGACGCAGCGGNGACGCGGGGCGGCGGCGGCGGCGGGGGGCGCGCGGCUCCGGGCGCGGCGCCUGCACCAUGAACUACCAGCAGCAGCUGGCCAACUCGGCUGCCAUCCGGGCCGAGAUCCAGCGCUUCGAGUCGGUCCACCCCAACAUCUACUCCAUCUACGAGCUGCUGGAGCGCGUGGAGGAGCCGGUGCUGCAGAACCAAAUCCGGGAGCACGUCAUCGCCAUCGAAGAUGCCUUCGUGAACAGCCAGGAAUGGACGUUGAGUCGAUCUGUCCCGGAGCUCAAAGUGGGCAUUGUGGGUAACUUGGCCAGCGGCAAGUCGGCCCUGGUGCACCGCUAUCUGACCGGCACGUAUGUCCAGGAGGAGUCUCCCGAAGGUGGCAGGUUCAAGAAAGAGAUCGUCGUCGACGGACAAAGCUAUCUGCUGCUGAUCCGAGAUGAAGGCGGCCCCCCGGAGGCCCAGUUCGCCAUGUGGGUGGACGCCGUCAUAUUUGUCUUCAGCUUGGAGGACGAGAUCAGCUUCCAGACUGUCUACCACUACUACAGCCGCAUGGCCAACUACCGCAACACAAGCGAGAUCCCGCUGGUCCUGGUGGGGACGCAGGACGCCAUCAGCUCCACCAACCCGCGGGUCAUCGACGACGCCCGGGCGCGGAAGCUCUCCAGCGACCUCAAGAGGUGCACGUACUACGAGACGUGCGCCACCUACGGGCUGAACGUGGAGCGCGUCUUCCAGGACGUUGCCCAGAAGAUUGUCGCCACGAGGAAGAAGCAGCAGCUGUCCAUAGGUCCCUGCAAGUCCCUCCCUAACUCACCCAGCCACUCGUCCGUCUGCUCCGCCCAGGUGUCCGCCGUGCACAUCAGCCAGACGAGUAACGGGGGCGGGAGCCUGAGCGACUAUUCCUCCUCCGUGCCGUCCACGCCGAGCACCAGCCAGAAGGAGCUCCGCAUCGACGUGCCGCCCGCGGCCAACACGCCCACGCCUGUCCGAAAGCAGUCCAAGCGCCGGUCCAACCUCUUCACUUCUCGGAAAGGGAGUGACCCAGACAAAGAGAAGAAAGGCCUGGAGAGUCGAGCGGACAGCAUCGGGAGCGGUCGAGCCAUCCCAAUUAAACAGGGCAUGCUGCUGAAGCGCAGUGGCAAAUCAUUAAACAAGGAGUGGAAGAAGAAGUAUGUCACCCUGUGUGACAACGGUGUGCUGACCUACCACCCGAGUUUACAUGAUUACAUGCAGAAUGUUCACGGUAAAGAGAUUGAUCUUCUGAGAACCACUGUGAAAGUCCCAGGGAAGAGGCCCCCCCGAGCCACGUCAGCCUGCGCACCCAUCUCCAGCCCGAAAACCAAUGGCCUGUCCAAGGACAUGAGCAGCUUGCACAUUUCACCAAAUUCAGGGAAUGUCACUAGUGCGCCUGGGUCUCAGAUGGCGAGCGGCGUCAGCCUGGGCUCCUUCAACAGCCGAGCGGACGGCAUGCAGCAGCGGUCCUACUCUGUCUCCAGUGCCGACCAGUGGAGCGAGGCUACGGUCAUUGCAAAUUCAGCCGUCAGCAGUGACACGGGGCUGGGUGACCCCCUGUGCUCAAGCCCCAGCAUUUCCAGCACCGCCAGCCCCAAGCUCGACCCGCCCCCCUCCCCUCACGCCAACAGAAAGAAGCAUCGGAGGAAGAAAAGCACCAGCAACUUCAAAGCCGACGGCCUCUCCGGCACCGCUGACGAGCAAGAAGAAAACUUUGAGUUUAUCAUUGUGUCCCUCACUGGCCAGACGUGGCACUUUGAAGCCACCACAUACGAGGAGCGAGACGCGUGGGUCCAGGCCAUUGAGAGCCAAAUCCUCGCCAGCCUGCAGUCAUGCGAGAGCAGCAAGAACAAGUCCCGGCUGACCAGCCAGAGUGAGGCCAUGGCCUUGCAGUCGAUACGGAACAUCCGUGGGAACUCCCACUGCGUGGACUGCGAGACCCAGAAUCCCAACUGGGCCAGUCUGAACUUGGGAGCCCUCAUGUGUAUCGAGUGCUCAGGGAUCCACCGGAAUCUCGGCACCCACCUCUCUCGAGUCCGGUCUCUGGACCUCGACGACUGGCCCAUUGAGCUCAUCAAGGUGAUGUCGUCCAUCGGGAACGAGCUGGCCAACAGCGUCUGGGAGGAGAGCACCCAGGGGCGGACGAAGCCCUCGCUGGACUCCACAAGGGAGGAGAAGGAGCGGUGGAUCCGGGCCAAGUACGAGCAGAAACUCUUCCUGGCCCCGCUGCCCUGCACGGAGCUGUCCCUGGGCCAGCACCUGCUGCGGGCCACGGCCGACGAGGACCUGCGGACGGUCAUCCUGCUGCUGGCGCACGGCUCCCGGGACGAGGUGAACGAAACCUGCGGGGACGCAGACGGCCGCACGGCGCUGCACCUGGCCUGCCGGAAGGGCAGCGUGGUCCUGGCCCAGCUGCUCAUCUGGUACGGCGUGGACGUGAUGGCCCGCGACGCGCACGGGAACACGGCGCUGGCCUACGCGCGGCAGGCCUCCAGCCAGGAGUGCACCGAGGUCCUUCUGCAAUACGGCUGCCCCGACGAGCGCUUCGCGCUCAUGGCCACCCCCAACCUGUCCCGGAAGAACACUAACCGCAACAACAGCGGCGGGAGGGUGCCCACCGUCAUCUGAGGACCGCGGUGUGCCCGCAGCCUCCCGCGCGCGCCCUGGGGAG